GUCUUGGUAUAACUUGCAGAGAGAAUGAUUUGGUGAUGGAGUUCUCCCACUGACUGAUGGACUCAAAGAAGAAAAGCUCAACAGAGGCAGAAGGAUCCAAAGAGAGAGGUCGGGUCCAUGUCUGGCAGGCAGGGUCCUGUUCUGUGACACCAGAGAGGUUGUUAGGCUGGGGAGGAAAGACUGUUCUUCAAGCAGCCCUUGGAGUGAAACAUGGCAUUCUUCUAACUGAAGAUGGUGAGGUGUACAGCUUUGGGACUCUUCCCUGGAGACAUGAACCAGCAGAGAUUUGUCCAAGUAACCCCCUUCUAGAAAAUGCCCUGAUUGGGCAAUAUGUCGUUACUGUGGCAACUGGGAGUUUCCACAGUGGAGCAGUGACAGAAAGUGGUACAGUGUACAUGUGGGGGGAGAAUUCUGCUGGCCAGUGUGCAGUAGCUAACCAGCAGUACGUUGCAGAGCCGAAUCCUGUCAGCAUUUCUGAUUUUGAGACCAGUCCUUUGUUGGCAGUCAGGAUUUUGCAGUUGGCAUGUGGUGAGGAGCACACCCUGGCAUUGUCAAUCAGCAGAGAGAUUUGGGCAUGGGGUACUGGUUGUCAACUGGGGCUCAUUACCACUACCUUCCCAGUAACAAAGCCACAGAAAGUCGAACAUCUUGCUGGACGAGUAGUGCUCCAAGUGGCCUGUGGUGCGUUCCACAGUGUAGCCCUUGUACAAUGCCUCCCUUCCCAGGAUUUGAAGUCAGUCCCAGAAAGAUGCAACCAGUGCAGCCAACUCUUAAUCACUAUGACUGACAAGGAAGACCAUGUGAUUAUAUCAGACAGUCACUGUUGCCCACUAGGUGUGACACUGUCGGAAUCCCAGGCAGAAAACCAGGCCAGCCCCCCCUCCACUCUUGGAGCGCUCGGCAGUCAGGGAGAAGUGUUUGAGAACACUCAAGUAGAAACUGACCUGCCUGUUGCUACAGAACUGAAUGUUGGAAAUGUUCAGACCACGAGAGACGACGCCAGUUCCUCCCAACAAGACAUUUUGGGAACAGCUGAAGUUUCUUCUGCCAGAAAUAUGCCAACCUACCCUGAUACCCAGGCAGUGAGUGAAUACUUGCAGAAACUAUCAGACCAUUCAGUAAGAGAGGAUGCUGAGAGUGGUGUGAAGCCAAUGCCUUGUCAGCCUCUUGUAGAAGAAGCAGUUCCUAAUCUUCACAGCCCACCAACCACAAGCACCUCAGCCCUAAACAGCUUAGUGGUCUCUUGUGCAUCUGCUGUUGGGGUGAGAGUGGCUGCUACUUAUGAAGCUGGGGCCUUGUCUCUGAAGAAAGUGAUGAACUUUUAUAAUACAGCCCCUUGUGAAACUGGAGCUCAGACAGGCAGUAGUUCCAUAGGCCGAGAAGAGCAGGUUAAACAGGAGUCAAUGCAAGGAAAGAAAAGCUCAAGUCUCGUGGAUAUCAGAGAAGAAGAAUCAGAGGGAGGCAGCCGAAGACUCUCCCUUCCUGGAUUGUUGUCCCAAGUCUCCCCCAGACUCUUAAGAAAGGCUGCACGGGUGAAAACGCGAACAGUGGUUCUAACCCCCACAUACAGUGGGGAGGCGGAUGCCCUCCUCCCUUCUCUGAGAACAGAGGUGUGGACGUGGGGGAAAGGGAAGGAAGGGCAGCUGGGGCAUGGCGACGUUCUGCCUAGGCUGCAGCCACUGUGUGUAAAAUUUCUGGAUGGUAAAGAAGUCGUCUCUGUGGAGGCAGGUGGCUCCCAUUCUCUUGCACUUACAGCAAAAUCCCAGGUUUACUCGUGGGGUAGCAACACCUUUGGUCAACUUGGACAUUCCGAUUUUCCAACAACAGUUCCUCGUCUUGCAAAGGUAAAUGGUGAAAAUGGAGUCUGGAGUGUUGCUGCAGGCCAGGAUUAUUCCCUGUUUUUAGUGGAUACAGAAGAUUUCCAGCCAGGAUUAUAUUACAGUGGUCGUCAGGAUCCGACAGAAGGUGACAACCUUCCAGAGAAUCACAGUGGUACUAAGACUCCAGUACUUCUCUCCUGUAGUAAGCUCGGGUACAUAAGCAGAGUGACAGCAGGAAAAAACAGCUUUAUAACCUUGGUGGACAAAAACAUUAUGGGAUAUAUUGCCAGUCUCCAUGAGUUAGCUACUACAGAGAGACGGUUCUAUUCAAAAUUGAGUGACAUCAAAUCUCAGAUUCUCAGGCCUCUUCUCGGCUUAGAAAAUUUGGGUACUGCAGCUACAGUCCAGCUGUUGCAGGAGGUGGCAAGCCGAUUCAGCAAGCUGUGCUACCUAAUUGGUCAGCAUGGAACUUCCCUGAGCAGCUUCCUUCAUGGGAUAAAGGAAGCCAGGAGUUUGGUCAUUGUGAAGCAUGCAGGUCUCUUCUUGGAUAGUUACACAGAGUAUUGCACAUCUAUUACAAAUUUCGUGGUUAUGGGAGGAUUUCAGCUUCUUGCUAAGCCUGCCAUUGAUUUCCUAAAUAAAAACCAGGAGCUGUUACAAGGUCUGUCAGAAGUGAAUAAUGAAAACACCCAGUUGAUGGAAAUAUUGAAUACUUUGUUCUUCUUGCCAAUCAGACGGCUUCAUAAUUAUGCAAAAGUGUUGCUAAAGCUUGCUACCUGUUUUGAAGUGACUUCUCCAGAGUACCAGAAACUACAGGAUUCCAGUUCUUGUUAUGAGUCUCUUGCUCUCCAUCUCGGCAGGAAAAGGAAGGAAGCAGAAUACACCCUGGGCUUUUGGAAGACCUUUCCUGGGAAAAUGACGGAUUCCUUGAGGAAGCCAGAGCGUCGACUGCUCUGUGAGAGCAGUAACCGGGCACUGGCUCUGCAGCAUGCUGGGAGAUUUUCUGUGAAUUGGUUCAUUCUCUUUAAUGAUGCUUUGGUCCAUGCCCAGUUCUCCACUCACCAUGUAUUCCCUUUGGCUACACUGUGGGCAGAACCACUUUCUGAAGACACUGGUGGUGUGAAUGGCCUAAAGAUUAGUACACCUGAGGAGCAGUUCACGCUCAUUUCAUCAACGCCCCAGGAAAAGACUAAAUGGUUACGGGCUAUUAGCCAAGCUGUGGACCAGGCUUUGAGAGGGACAGCUGAUAUUCCACCUUAUGGAAGUAGCAGUAGCGUGCAAAGGCAGGAACCACCCAUUUCACGCAGUGCCAAAUACACUUUCUACAAGGAUCCUCGCCUCAAGGAUGCAACCUACAGUGGGCGCUGGCUUUCGGGGAAGCCUCAUGGCAGAGGGAUUUUGAAAUGGCCUGAUGGAAAGAUGUAUUCUGGCAUGUUCAGGAAUGGCUUGGAAGAUGGGUAUGGAGAAUACAGAAUCCCAAACAAGACAUUGAACAAAGAAGAUCAUUUUGUGGGCCACUGGAAAGAAGGGAAAAUGUGUGGUCAAGGAAUCUACAGUUAUGCCUCUGGUGAAGUGUUCGAAGGCUGUUUCCAAGAUAACAUGCGUCAUGGUCACGGACUCCUACGAAGUGGCAAACUGACUUCCUCCUCUCCCAGUAUGUUCAUUGGACAGUGGGUAAUGGAUAAGAAAGCAGGAUAUGGUGUCUUUGAUGAUAUCACAAGAGGGGAGAAAUAUAUGGGAAUGUGGCAAGAUGAUGUCUGUCAAGGAAAUGGUGUGGUAGUUACUCAGUUUGGAUUAUACUAUGAAGGCAACUUUAACCUUAAUAAGAUGAUGGGAAAUGGAGUUUUACUUUCUGAAGAUGAUACGAUCUAUGAGGGAGAAUUUUCAGAUGACUGGACUCUUAGUGGAAAGGGAACGCUGUCUAUGCCAAAUGGAGAUUACAUUGAAGGUUUUUUUAGUGGAGAAUGGGGAUCUGGGAUAAAAAUCACUGGAACCUACUUCAAACCUACUGUGUAUGAAAGUGACAAAGACAAACCCAAAGUUUUCAGGAAACUAGGAAACCUGGCAGUGUCAGCUGAUGAAAAGUGGAAAGCAGUGUUUGAUGAAUGUUGGCGCCAGCUGGGCUGUGAGAACCCAGGGCAAGGGGAAGUUUGGAAAGCAUGGGACAACAUUGCUGUGGCCCUGACCACCAAUCGGCGCCAACACAGAGACAGCCCAGAGAUAUUAAGUCGGUCACAGACUCAGACACUAGAAAGUUUGGAAUUCAUUCCACACCACGUUGGUGCCUUUUCAGUGGAGAAAUAUGAUGACAUCAAGAAAUACUUAAUAAAGGGAGACAGAGAUAAUAAUAAACAGGAUCUAGUAUACCCAAUGCUGAUAAGUGCUAUAGAGAAAAAGAAAGAAAGGUUCUUAUUUCCUGAGCUUCCUGAAGAGGGCAGCACAAUUCCUCUUUCUGCUCCUUUGCCAACUGAAAGGAAGUCCUUCUGCACUGGGAAGUCAGACUCCAGAUCGGAAUCUCCAGAGCCAGGUUACGUGGUGACAAGUUCUGGAUUACUGCUUCCUGUCCUGCUACCUCGGCUCUACCCACCACUCUUUAUGCUUUAUGCCUUGGAUAAUGAUCGUGAGGAAGACAUUUACUGGGAAUGUGUUUUGCGACUCAAUAAACAGCCAGAUAUUGCUCUUCUGGGCUUCCUUGGGGUGCAAAGGAAGUUUUGGCCAGUGACAUUGUCAAUCCUUGGAGAGAGUAAAAAGGUUUUACCAACCACAAAAGAUGCUUGCUUUGCCUCAGCAGUAGAAUGUCUACAGCAAAUUAGCACAACAUUUACCCCAUCUGACAAGCUGAAGGUCAUCCAGCAGACUUUUGAAGAGAUUUCUCAGAGUGUCCUAGCAACACUCCAGGAAGAUUUUUUGUGGUCCAUGGAUGACUUGUUUCCAGUUUUCCUAUAUGUGGUGCUACGGGCCAGGAUAAGGAAUUUGGGCUCUGAAGUCCACCUUAUUGAGGAUCUCAUGGACCCUUACCUUCAGCAUGGGGAGCAGGGUAUAAUGUUCACCACCUUGAAGGCAUGUUACUACCAGAUCCAGCGUGAAAAGCUUAACUAG